AUGGCAGUCAACUGUACGGUUUCUUCAUCAAAUGCAGCAUGUUUAACAACAGGUGGAAUUGUAGGUGUGAAUAAAUGUCAAGAUUUUCGAUCACCAUUUGGUGCUCUUCUUGAUUGUAAUAAUCAAACUCAUACUAAUUGUUCAGAUGAACAACGUCUUUUAUAUUUUUUAAUGAAAAAUUAUUCAAAUAGUGUCCGACCAGUAAGAAAUGCUAGUAAACCAGUACCUGUAAAAUUAGGUUUAACACUUACACAGAUAUUUGAUAUGAUUGAAAAAAAUCAGAUAUUAAUUACAAAUGUAUGGUUAGAUCAAGAAUGGCAUGAUGAAUUUCUUAAAUGGAAUCCUGAUGAUUUCAAUGGAAUUCAACGUCUUAACCUUCCAUCAAAACUUAUUUGGUUACCUGAUAUAGUACUUUACAAUAAUGCCGAUGAAUUCUCUAAUAGUAAUACAAUGCAGGCAAAUGCUAUGAUUAUUUAUACAGGUAGUGUGUUUUGGCCUAUACCAACACGAUUAAAAAGUACUUGUCAAGUUGAUGUAACGUAUUUUCCAUAUGAUGAACAAGAAUGUAAAUUAAAAUUUGGUAGUUGGACUUAUAAUGGCUUUCAAGUAUCAAUUGAACAACGUAUUGAUGCUAUUGAAUUAUCAAAUUAUGUUAAGAAUGGUGAAUGGGAUUUAUUAGAUACAUCAUAUCAAGUGAAUAUUGUUCAUUAUCCAUGUUGUCCAGAACCAUUUCCUGAUAUAACAUUUUAUGUUCGUAUACGACGACGAAUUAUAUAUUAUUUAUAUUCAGUUAUUUUUCCUUGUGUUAUGUUAUCUAUAUUAACUUUACUUGUUUUUUGUUUACCACCUGAAUCUGGUGAAAAAAUUGCACUUGGUAUUACUGUUUUACUUGCAUUUAGUGUAUUUAUGUUAUCAAUUGCUGAAAGUAUGCCAGAAACAAGUGAACAUAUUCCAUUAAUUAGUUUAUAUUUAACUGCUGUUAUGGCUAUGACAAGUGUAUCAGUAAUGAUGACAGUAUUUGUUCUUAAUCUUCAUUAUCGUGGUCCAAAAAAAAAUGAAAUACCAUUUUGGCUUCAGCAAUUAUUAAGUUUAUCAUUAGCAAAUAUCAUUCGAUCAUAUCAAAGAACAAAAAAGACAAAAAAUUUUCGUAAAAAUAAACGUGAUUCAUCAAUGAAAUAUAAAAUUCAUGACGAUGACAGAAUACGAACAAUAACCGAUGGCGCAACUGCAACGCGAAUGGACAUGGAUGAUAAUCAGGAACGAAAAUUUUUAGAUAAUAAAAAUAAAAAUCAUUCAUCAUCUCGGACAAGAUCAGUUAAUACAAUUCAUGAUGAAAUACAAGAUACAUUACAUGGUUUAUUACGUAAACAAAAAGAACUUGAUCAUGAUCUACGAGUAACAAAUGAUUGGCGUGCAAUGGCAACAAAAGUCGAUAAAAUUCUUUUUUAUAUUUUUCUUCUUCUAACUGUUAUAUCAACAUUAGGUUUACUUGUUGUUGUACCAUUUUCUCGUACUAAUACUCAACAAAAAAACAAAUUAUGGAAUGGUACACGACGACCUUCUCUUUAA